AUGGCUGGUUUAAGUAAUUCCGGUUCGAGUGCAAGAAAUGAUGGUCAAGCCGGUAUACCCUCUGCCUACAGAGGAGUGAGGAAGAGAAAAUGGGGGAAAUGGGUGUCUGAAAUCCGUGAACCAGGGACCAAGAACCGGAUUUGGCUAGGGAGUUUCGAGACUCCUGAAAUGGCUGCAACCGCUUACGACGUGGCAGCAUACCAUUUCAGGGGGAGAGAGGCUCGUCUGAACUUCCCUGAGCUAGCUAGCAACCUGCCACGUCCUGCAGACUCGAGCUCAGACAGCAUUCGCAUGGCGGCUCAUGAAGCAGUACUCUGCCUCAGAACAGAACCAGUAGAGUCAGACAUGCAAGUGGACACCUCAAGCUCCUCCUCCAACGUAGGUCCAACGAUGGUCAGACUCUCUCCCAGAGAAAUUCAAGCGAUCAACGAGUCAACUUUGGGAUCUCCUACCAUGUUGAUGCAUUCAACAUAUGACUCUAUGGGUUUUGCCAAUGAUGUGGGGAUGAAUGUUUGGGAUACAUACCAUUACCAAAGUGACUCUCUUUGGGACCCUUAA